CGCUAUCCGAUAUGAAAGAUUGACUAGUAAUACAAAAACACGUGUCGGUCGGUGAAUUUCGGGCAUCGGUAGUCGCUGUAUUUAUUGUAGGUUAAUCGGGAUUAUUCGAGCAGCGGAGUAAUAGUAUAGUAAUAGUAACAGUAGUAGUAGAGUAGCAGUAGUAGUGUUGGCGGUGGUGGUGGAAGGCGUCGCGUCAAGAGACAUUUCGUUUGCACGCGCGCGUGCGAAAGGAAACGCGAGAGCCGCGAGGCGGCCAUUUUAGUUUUUAGUGAGUAUGACGUAGAGAGGCUGGGUGUAACUUUGCCGUUUGUACGCGAGGGAAAAAGAUAAUCGACUCUCGCUUGAGGGGAGCGACCGACAUCGUUCCCGAUGAGCGAGCAAUUAAAUCCACGCGGUCAGGAUUUUUGUAUUUUCACGCGACUGAUGUAAGUCAGCUGUCCAGCUUGUCAUUGCGAGGUCUCUCCGCGCAUAUAAUAUCUUGUAACGACGCGCGCGCGCUUGUGUAGCAGCGCUCUUUUGGGGGAUUGGCAGUCUCGGCGUGGCUAGAAGGGCUAGAAAGUGUGCAAACGAAGUCGAGGCGAGCGAACGAACGAAACGAACGAAUCUCUCGACGAGAGAUCUCUCUCUCUCUCUCUCUCUUUCUCUCGCCAUUUCUCACCUAGUUUAGCAAAAGUGCACUCGUUCACGUGAAUUAUGAGCGAGGAAAGUAAUCCGCGUACCCUGUACGUGGGCAACCUGGACGCCUCGGUGUCCGAGGAUCUUCUUUGCGCCCUCUUCUCGCAGAUCGGUGCGGUAAAGGGUUGCAAAAUCAUCCGGGAGCCCGGCAACGACCCGUACGCCUUCGUCGAGUUCACGAAUCAUCAAAGCGCGGCGACGGCGUUGGCCGCCAUGAAUAAGCGAUCGUUCCUCGACAAGGAAAUGAAGGUUAACUGGGCAACCAGUCCGGGCAAUCAGCCCAAGCUCGACACCAGCAAUCAUCAUCACAUAUUCGUUGGCGACCUCUCGCCGGAAAUUGAGACGCAGACGCUGAAGGAGGCAUUCGCGCCCUUCGGCGAGAUCAGCAAUUGCAGGAUCGUGCGCGAUCCGCAAACGCUCAAGAGCAAAGGCUACGCCUUCGUGUCGUUUGUCAAGAAGUCCGAGGCUGAGGCGGCGAUUAAUGCGAUGAACGGCCAGUGGCUGGGCUCGCGUAGCAUCAGGACCAACUGGUCCACCAGGAAACCACCGCCGCCGAGAUCCGAGCGGCCACGACACUCGAACAAUAGUAAACCCAACUAUGAAGAGGUAUAUAAUCAAAGUAGUCCUACCAAUUGCACGGUAUAUUGCGGAGGUUUCACAAACGGCAUCACAGACGAGUUGAUAAAGAAAACAUUCUCUCCUUUUGGCACCAUCCAAGACAUAAGAGUAUUCAAAGACAAGGGAUAUGCUUUUAUUAAGUUUACAACUAAGGAAGCUGCAACGCAUGCCAUUGAAUCGACGCAUAAUACAGAAAUCAAUGGUAGCAUUGUCAAAUGCUUUUGGGGAAAGGAAAACGGCGAUCCAAACAGCGUUGGUCCUAAUGCCAAUCAUCAAGCUCAACAGGUUGUGACGGCAGGAGUAGGACAGUACGCGUAUGGUUAUGGUCAACAGAUGGGUUAUUGGUAUCCGCAAGGCUAUCCGCAGAUGCAGGGACAAUUUUUGCAGCCUGCACAAUACUAUGGUCAAUAUUAUGGACAACAGGCACAAUAUAUGAACAGCAUGAGGAUGCCUGCACCAAGUGCGGGUGCCUGGCAGCCGACGCAAGCUACCGCCACACCCCCGACAGCGAGUGCACCCUUGCCGCCGGGCCAGCAGCCCACUAUGGUAACAUACACCAUGCCACAUCAGUACCCUACACAAUGAAAUUGAUCAUUGACCAGCUAAUUGUUACGUACGAUAUAGUUGCCUCGGGGCUACUGCGAAAAUCGUUCUGUCAUAUACCUAGAGCAACAUUUAUAUUUAAGUUUUCGGGGAUGUGUGUGUAUGGGUGUACGUGAUUGUGUAUAAGACUGUGUGUGUGUGUGUGUGUGUGUGUAUGUGUGUAGUGCACAUAUGGCAAUGUCUGUUCUGUGAACUAAAUAUAAUUUCGCUCGAAAUUCAACGUUCACAAUAAAAAGAAAAGCGAGGAAAAAAAAAGAAAAACAUGAUACGCGGGAAUCUUUUUUUUUUUGCAUAUAAAAGAAAAAUAUUUGUUCUGAAAAACGCGUUAUUAUUUUCUUUUCCACUUUCCCUCCUGUCGUAGAAACGUGUGUAAUGUUAAUUACAUCGAGGUCUACAUUUCUCGCGCAUUAUAAUGACCUCUCGUGCAUACUCAAUGCGCGAAGUAACGUAAAUAUUUAAGUUUUACGAUUUUGUAAUGCCAAUGUUGACCAGGUAUAUCUCCGAACUUUUCGUUGCGGCCCCUCUGAAAAACUCAACCGAGCCCCGCACCCGUUGAUUGCGCUGCGCAAGCGCUGAUGUGCGGCAAUUUUGCGUUGUUGUUAAAUACUGUUUUCAUAUUUUUGCCAUCGCGAGAGACAAUUCCCUUUAGGGAGGGAAUUUUUCCUUAUUUCAAUUUUAAAUCAUCGAUGAACAACACACGCGCGAUAAAUGUUCAUUUUGAAAUGAAGAUAAAGAAGCGCAUGGUAUCAAUACCGAACAUAGUUAAUAAGAUUAGAAAAGCGUGAUUAUAGCUAGACACGGUGCCUGUGAUGUAUAGCUAGACAGACUUGCGAAUGCGUGUUCGCCAAGGCGUGCGGGGCUCCUUAACAAAUAAAAACUCUGUGCGCGCGCGAGAGAUUCGAUUAACGAGUUACAAUUUUUCUCGUUAUGUGAUAUUUAUCGUCGGUGGUUGAUGUAUAAAAAAACACUUUGCUAUAAGAGAGAGAUGAAAAGAUGAUUUUGCUAUAAACAUUAGUGAAUCGAGAUUUCCUUGUGUGAAUGCGAAUUUAAGCACACUAAUCGCUACGACGAUGUGCAUUAACGGCGUGUCGACCAACGCUCUUUUUAUAUGCUACGUUGCUUGCCUGUUUCCAGACAUUAUGUUCUGUUCAUUCGUGGAAUGUUCGUAAUUUAUACGUUAUGCUUAUUAUAUCUUUAUGAGAAUCCUUGCCAUGAUGAUUUUAAAAGGAGAAAAUAAACAAGAAUAUAUAGAUCGUUCAUGAGAAUAUAACAGCAAGUACAAAGAGAUUGGUCAGUCAUGUCGCCAUCAACAUAUUCUAUCGUAGACUGUAAGUAAUUUAGUGACUCCUCACCGUUUAUAUAAACGACGUAGCCGAUCGAAAAAAAAAAUAAUAAAAAUAAAUGUAAUUUAAGUCUAACGAUAAUAGUAACGAUAAAAACACACGCGCAUACUUCCAUCGGAAUAUAUUUCUCAAUCAGAGACGAGUUACACAUUGAUAUCUUGAUGUCCGAAUUAAGAUACAAGAACAUUGAAAAUUAAAAACGUGCGUAUGUGUGUGUGCAUAUUUCAUACACUUUAAGUAUACGGAUAUCGAUAAUUGAUUUUUACGGUGAAACGAUUCAUUAUUCAUUCUUUCAAUUGACAAUCAGCCGUGAUGUACGUCUACACACGUUUCUUCGAAUUAUCAUAGUUGUAUGGCACGAUUCGUGAUUCCUUCGUGUCUUCCAAAUUCAUAUAACGAAAAUUCGCAGCACAAUUGUAACAAUUGGUUUUAUUUUCCUUAGUAUUCUUGUCAAAGUUCCUAUAUCCUUACUGCAGUUAUAUUAAAUUAUAAUGCUAGAAGCGAAAAACAUGUAAAAUUUUCUAUUGUAAAUUUUUUUUUUUUUUUGCAACCGAAAACUGCCUUCUAACUUAUUUUAUAUUUCCAGCGAGAUUAGAAGAGAGUUUUCAAUAUAUUUUAUCAAUCUAUCUUAUUAAAUGUAAUAAUGAUAACAUAUAAAAAAAGUUUACUUAUUUUACAAGAGAAAAUUUCACAAUUUUUCGCAUCUGACAUCAUAAUUCAAUACAUCAGUAAGGGAUCAGGAGUUUUAAUCGCUUAACUCGAAUGAUUGAAUCUUUCCGAUAGUGUACUGAUUGAAGAAAAAUAUCAAGUAUGAUAUGCAUUCAACUGUAAAAUUGAUCUCGCGUUGAUACAUCUUGCGAGUGGUUAUCGCACGCAUUUAUUUUUGCUCGUUCAGUUUUGUGUUUGCUCGGGGAUUGUUUUUAAAGCGUAAAACUAAAAUAUUUGGUAAGUAAUUAUAUAAUCUAAAAUUAUAAGAUUUUAUAAUUACAUGAUUAAUUAUUAUUGUACUAUAAAUAAUCUUUUGGCUAUCAAAAGUCUCUUAUUAUAUAGACACGCAAGUCUUAUUGAUUGCACAUAAUUGUUCUUCGCGAAACAAUUUUUGUCGAACCUGGAUUUGUGUGUGUUGCGUUAUUCCGAACAGUUCAAUACAUUUAUUAGGGAUCCUAACCCUUUGAGGAAAUGAAAUAGCUAUCCUAUUUAAAGAAUGACAAAGCGCCAUUUCAUUUUGUAUUGCGAAAUUUUCUGAAAAAAAUACAAGCGAAUUUGAUUCCAACCAUAUUUGACAUGAGAUAAAUAUUAGCAUCUCAGUUCACCACCGACGGUAAAAUGCCAUGAAACUUUCAAAAUCAAUUUGUAUAAAGUCAGUAUAUAAGCGAGCCGAGAUAAAAAAAGGAGAAAAACGAAUGAAAACUGGAGAUAGUAACAAUUUGAUUGCGACAAGUGAUAUCGAAAGGCCGGGAAGGCCAAUUUGAGGAGAAAAAAAAAACUGAUUUGUCUGUGGCGUAAAGCCAACAGAGAGAACGAAAAGAAAACAAAAGAUGUUAUAUAAAAAGUAAUUUAGGUAUGGCAGGGCAUGGAGCUCUCAAAGAUGCUUAGGAUAACGUUAUAAUAAAAACAAAUUAUCCUUUGAAUGAAAAAAAGGAAUAAAUAUUUAAAAUACACAA